AUGUCACUCUCUGUGCGCACCUCAGCCCUGUCCCGGUGCCUGUCCUCCCAGGGUGGGGCUAUGGGCAGACCCAAGGGCAUGUCGGCUUCCAGCAUGGGAAGCAGCCUUGCAGGGAGUGCCUUUGGCUUUGGGGCCAGCUAUGGAGGAGGCUUUUCCGCUGCAUCCAUGUUUGGUGCUGAUGCUGCCUUUGGAGGUGGCUCUGGAAGCUCCUUCGCAGGGGGACUGGGCUCUGGCUACGGGGGUUGCCUGGGAGGUGGCUUUGGAGGGCUGGGAAUGAGCCUCGGGGGAAGCACUGCAGGUGGCUCUCUCUAUAUUCCCUCUGUCGGUGAUGGAGGCCUUCUCUCUGGAUCUGAGAAAGAAACCAUGCAAAAUCUGAACGAUAGAUUAGCUUCCUACCUGGACAAGGUUCGAGCCCUGGAAGAGGCUAACACAGAGCUCGAAAACAAAAUUCGAGAGUGGUACGAAGCGCGAGGCUCCAGGUCUGGAGAUGCGGGGCUGCAGGGUGAUUACAGCAAAUACUACCCGCUAAUCGAAGACCUCAGGAAUAAGGUCAUUUCUGCCAACAUCGGGAAUGCCCAGCUCAUCCUGCAGAUUGACAACGCACGACUGGCUGCUGACGACUUCAGAAUGAAGUAUGAGAACGAGGCUGCCCUGCGCCAGGCGGUGGAGGCCGACACCAACGGGCUGCGCAGGGUGCUGGACGAGCUGACCCUGGCCAGGGCUGACCUGGAGAUGCAGAUCGAAGGUCUGAACGAGGAGCUGGCCUACAUGAGGAAGAACCACGAGGAGGAACUGCAAAGCUGCCGGGCAGGUGGCCCAGGUGAGGUCAGUGUGGAAAUGGACGCCGCCCCCGGAGUGGACCUGACCAGGCUCCUCAAUGAUAUGAGAGCACAGUAUGAGAUCAUAGCCGAGCAGAACCGGAAGGAUGCGGAGGCUUGGUUCAUGGAAAAGAGCGGGGAGCUGAGGAAGGAGAUCAGCACCAACACGGAGCAGCUUCAGUCCAGCAAGAGCGAGAUCACUGACCUGCGGCGCGCGCUUCAGAACCUGGAAAUUGAGCUCCAGUCCCAGCUCGCCAUGAAGAAAUCCCUGGAGGACUCGCUGGCCGAAACCGAGGGCGGUUACUGCAGCCAGCUGUCCCAGGUGCAGGAGAUGGUCGGCAACCUGGAGGCGCAGCUGCAACAGGUGCGCGCCGACACUGAGCACCAGAACGCCGACUACCAGCGACUGCUCAACGUCAAGGCCCGCCUGGAGCUGGAGAUCGAGACCUACCGUCGCCUGCUGGACGGGGAGGCCCAAGGGGACGGUUUAGAUGAGACUUCGUCUGUGUCAGGCUCCAAGUCCCAAGCACAGUCCAUCGAUUCCUCUAAAGACCCAUCCAAAUCCCGGAAAAUCAAGACAAUUGUGCAGGAGGUGGUCAACGGGGAGGUGGUGUCAUCCCAAGUGAAGGAAGUAGAAGAACUAAUGUAAAAUUUCAGAAGACCUAUUGAUGAGCCCUUCCUUAGGAAUGAGAAAUUUGCCAAGAGAAAAUAUUCCUUUCAGAGUAAGAUGGCAUUUUAGCCCAAUCACUUUUUUUUAACCUUAUUUCCUUUAGAUUCUCUAUUCAUGCUGAGUCCGUUUUGCCCCUUGGAAACAAUUUUAAUUCUAAGUCAUUGCAGUCAUGUUUGAUAUUUAUAACAAACCAAAACUACUUGAUGUCUUUCUGGAUUUGGAGUAGCCCUUAC